AUGAUGAAUAACUCUUUAUCGGACAAGAAUCAUCAUCAACCUUCCCAUGAGGAUAAUGGUAGAACAACACCAUCUUCUACUUCAUUAUCAAUCGCUACACCACCACCACCAAGCCUUUCUCAUCAUCACCAUCAUCACGAAGAGAAGGAUAUUCCGACAUCAUCUUCAAGCUUGAUCCAUACCAACAUCAACAACAACAACCACUACAUCAACAACACUAGUCCCAUCAUGAUCCCAUUAGCCGGAUUCAAGCCUGGUUUCAUUGCUCAAAACAAGUGCUUAUCCACUACCACCACCAAUAAUAAUAAUAAUAACAAUUCCAACCAUGCCACCACCACCACUAGCCUUUCUUCCGCACACACCAUUCAAGUGAUGAAUCCACAAACACAACAACCUUCCCCGUUGAUUAGCACCCGAGCUCGGGUGGUGGUGGUGGCCAGUGAUCAGGGAGAAGCCAGUCAAGAAUCUUUGAGUGGAGCCGUGCAGCAGCAACACGACCCUUCUCCAACCAUUGAAGGCAAGAGUGUUGGUGGUGGUCCUCAUGAUUUUCAUGGAUCAACCAUGUCUCUUUCGGUAGAUACUACCUCCUCACAACAACCUAGAAUGGCAUGUACACACUGUAGGAGAUCUCAUCGUAAAUGUGACAAGCUACAUCCAUGUGGAGAAUGUAAGAGAAGAGGACUACAACAUGAAUGUGUAUUUUCAGAGCCUAAGAAACGUGGUCCAAAAUUACGAAUUUCAGAAAGUGAAGAAGCCACUGUGCUCAAUGUCUCUUCUUCUCCAACACUGAAACAAACACCACCACUACUGCCACAACAACAACGAAAAAGUAAUGAACCCAAAAAGAGGAAAUUCCCCAAUGACCAUUCACAAACUGCUGAAAUUACUUCUCCGACCUCAGCAACAACUCAACAAGCAUUUAAACUAGCACCAAACCAGCAAUAUUAUUCAACAGCAGACAUGUUUCCUCUCAGUGGUCCUGGAAUGACACAACAACUCUAUCCACCACUACCAACAUAUUUCUCGACUAUGUUUGAAGAUGCACUUUUAGGUCGAAAGGAAAUUGAUAGAAGAAAUUAUCUCUUACAAAUGGUUAAUAUUUCUCUCUCACAUAACUUUGACAACAAUUCAAACAUGUAUCAAAUCGAGCCAAGUUUAGAUUAUGUCAUGCAACUUUUCUUUAGAGAGGAUUUCAUUCAUUUUGUCGUUGAAUGUUUAGAUAACAAUCAUCGUGACAUGUUAAAAAUAUUUAUCAGGGAGAGGGUGUUAUUAUGGAUUCAGCAACGAGUGAUGAGUGAAACAUUCUAUCAGGGUAUUUACUAUGCUUUCGAGGCGCUCUUCUUGAAAUAUCACUGCUUAUUUAAAUUAUCCAUUUAUGACGACAAUCGAUCAAUAUUGCUCUCUGAAAGUGAAAAGAGUAUCAAACAAUGUAAAAAAGAACUUUUUAAAUUUAUGGACUCUGCUCAGAUCGGAAAUGUCGAAAAAAGCUGCUGUUUCAUGUGGGCAUCUUUUUUCAAUCAAAUUCUAGAUGGAAAUAAUGAAUUGAGUGCAACACUUUCACGGUGCGCUCUCGAAAAGGUGCAAAAUGAUAUCACCAUUCAAAUGCAACAACAUUAUCCAAUAAUCUCAGAAUUUUUGAACAUCAUCUCAAAACAAUAUUUAUUAUUUACCAAGUAUUUACUGUGCUCAGAUAUUCAACAGGAUCUUUACAAAUUACAAUCAUCAUCAUCAUCAAUCAACAAUGCUUCGAGUUCGUUCUACUUUAAACGACUGAUAUUGAAGGCAUUGCAAUUAACUUUUGUAUUUCGUUACACAAGCUCCUAUCCUUAUUUGUUUUUGGGAGAAUUUGAGAGAUUGGUAAAAAAUCAUGACACAUUCUCGCCACUCACAAUUCAGCCAGCAGCAACUACGAGCACGCCAGCUUCGAGCUCUUCAGACAACAUGAUCGUGACGAGCAAAACAGUACGACAAACAUUACUGGACAUGGAUUGUUGCAUUCCAAGAACGACCACUGAAUGUUGGUCUUUCCUUGCACAAGUGAAUCAACAAGUCAUCUCGACCAACUCUCCCGACAUUUUGUUUUGGCAGUUCCUAAUUCAGUAUUUGAAAACGAGAAUGGUGCUGACAGGAUUUUCUCCUCAAUCGCAACAACAGCAAGACUUGAAUUUUGAGCAAAUGAAUCAUAAUCUGGUGUGCCACCUGAAAGCAAUCAUGGAUACUUGCUUUGGUGUCUCUCCAGUGUACCUCUUCAUCACCUUAAUAUGUGUGAGGGAUUUACUGUUGAAUUUGAGCUCCUCAAUUCCUUCUAGCGCUAAAGAGGACUACAAAAAAUUCAUGACACAUUUGACAACCUCCACUCGAGAGGGUAAUCACAUGCGAGCAUGUGGUAACUUGUUUACUAAUCCGCAGAAAGAAGACAUUAUCGAGUUGUUGAAUAUAGCUGAGCAGAAAUUUAAAAUAUAA